AUGCAACGUCCUAUUUCUUUCACUUUUAUUAUCAUUGUAACCAUCUGUAGCUUAAUGAAUAUCAUAGCUUUGAUGCCAGCCACUGAAGCGAAUUGUUGUGUUUGGGAGGAGAACUAUCAACGCAACUUCAUAACUUACAUACCUCCAAAUAACCAGGGAUCUUAUUAUUGUUUCAGUUGUGCGACCUUUAAUGGUAUGGAACAACAUGGUGCAGAUGUAAGAAAUGGCAUUCUUACUCAACAAACGUUAGAUUGUAAACGGUGUAAAUCACGAUCCGAUUAUAAAGGUGGUUAUAACAAAAAUACCUGUUUCCGCGUGUAUGGUGACCGAAACUAUGCAACUCUUGCUGAAUCACCUUACGAAGAAUGUGAAAAAAUCAGAGAUUCAAAAUAA